AUGUUCCUCCUAUUUGGAGAGGAAGGGUGUUAGUUUUCGAAGUGAAAUCUCAACAGUUGAUUUACUUUUGGGCCUCAUAACGCGUUGGUCUAGUUUAUCACGCACUUCACGUCGAGUUACUGAUAUCUAAAACAAAAGAAAAAGCUAUAAAGUGCCACCAUCAAGCCCGUCUCUGUGCAAUGCCACAGUUGUCACAUUGGAGCCCAGAUGAGGAAUAACCAAACCGGUAGGCUAUAGCUUGCACUUCUACUAGUGGCAAUCCCCAUCUCAAAGGCACAAUAUCAAUAUAGACACUGAUUUGUGUGUGUUGUUUUUCUGUGUCAAACUGUACGCCUACUCACUGAAAGACCGUUUGCACUACCCAGCUCUGACAGAAGCGGAAGAAGACUGAGAUACGGGAUAGUGGAUUUCCCCGCUAGUGUAGUGUAGUGUGAUUGUGUGUGUUGGUGAGCUGAGGAGACGAGCGCUCACUGAGACAAUCUCCUGCCGUCUGGCUGUCAUGUAGGCUACCUAACCGCCUGACUGCCCUCAGCAUCCGGUUUCGUGGAACAGAAGAAGUGGUCAACGGAUCAUGUCUCCACUGUUUCCUUGGUAACUAAGAUUCACUUCCGUGUCCAGAAGCUCGUCCACUGAUGUUCAUCUCCCACACCUGGCAGAGAGACCACCACUCACUACUACUACAAUACCCAUAUUUCCUGUCUACACAAAGUAAGGACUUAGGUGUUAAGCCCUUAGGUGACUUGGACUUCCUUGUUUUACUAUUUAACUAUUUUCGCACUACUAGCCAGUUCUUAGUUUACAACUGUCACGCACAGUGAUCUUAGAGAGAGAGUAGAGGCACUUAGACAGUUAGCGAGUAAAGAGAGAAAAACAAACAAAAACAACGACAAAAUGGCCAACAACACGGCGGACCACCCUCCGGGGAAUUCGGUUGUCGCUGAUGGUAACCAGGAGGGGGACUUUGGCAUUACGGUGAUGGACCUCCGAGAGCUGAUGGAGCUGAGGAGUGGAGAGGCCGUCACCAAGAUAGCCGACUCCUACGGAGACGUGCAGGGGCUCUGCCGCAGGCUCAAGACAUCUCCCAUCGAGGGUCUGUCUGGUAACCCAGUGGAUCUGGAGAAGCGCCACACGGCAUUUGGGAAGAACUUCAUCCCUCCUAAACAGCCUAAGUCCUUCUUGGCGCUGGUGUGGGAGGCUCUACAGGAUGUUACUCUCAUCAUCCUGGAGAUUGCUGCCGUCAUCUCCCUGGGCCUGUCAUUCUACCACCCCCCUGGGGGAGAUAGCGAGCUGUGUGGUGAGACAGCGCCGGGAGUGGAGGAUGAGGGGGAGGCGCAGGCGGGCUGGAUUGAGGGCGCCGCCAUCUUGUUCUCCGUGGCAAUCGUUGUCUUGGUGACAGCGUUUAAUGACUGGAGCAAGGAGAAGCAGUUCCGUGGGCUGCAGAACCGCAUCGAGCAGGAGCAGAAGUUCACCGUCAUCCGCAAGGGCCAGGUCAUCCAAAUCCCCGUGUCUGAACUGGUGACAGGAGACAUCGCCCAGAUCAAAUAUGGUGACCUGCUGCCAGCUGAUGGUAUCCUGAUCCAGGGCAAUGACCUGAAGAUCGAUGAGAGCUCUCUGACCGGCGAAUCAGACCAAGUCAGGAAGUCACUGGAGAAGGACCCCAUGCUGCUGUCCGGCACCCAUGUGAUGGAGGGAUCAGGCAGAAUGGUGGUGUCUGCGGUGGGUCUCAACUCCCAGACUGGAAUCAUCUUCACUCUGCUUGGGGCUGGAGACAGUGACGAGGAAAAGAAGAUCAAGAAAGGUAAAAAACAAGGACCCCCCGAAAAUCGCAACAAAGCUAAGACCCAGGAUGGCAUUGCCCUGGAGAUCCAGCCCCUGAAGAGUAACGAGGCGGCUGAGUCUGAGGAGAAGGAGCCUGAGGUGGAGGUGAAACGGGUGAAGAAGGUUCAGGUCAACAAGAAGGAGAAGUCUGUGCUGCAGGGCAAACUCACCAAACUGGCCGUACAGAUCGGGAAGGCAGGUCUGAUCAUGUCAGCUGUGACGGUGAUCAUUCUCAUCCUGUUCUUCGUGAUUGACACAUUCGGGGUGCAGGGUCGCCCAUGGCUGAAGGAGUGUACCCCCAUCUACAUCCAGUACUUUGUCAAGUUCUUCAUCAUCGGAGUCACUGUCCUGGUGGUGGCUGUGCCUGAGGGGCUGCCCCUAGCCGUCACUAUCUCCCUGGCCUACUCUGUCAAGAAAAUGAUGAAAGACAACAACCUAGUGCGUCACCUGGAUGCGUGUGAGACCAUGGGGAACGCUACGACCAUCUGCUCCGACAAGACAGGCACCCUCACCAUGAACCGUAUGACCGUGGUGCAGGCCUACUUGGGAGACACACACUACAAAAAAGUACCGGAACCUGACGUCAUCAAACCAUCCACACUUGAAGUCAUGGUCAACAGCAUCGCCAUCAACUCAGCCUAUACUACUAAGAUCCUGUCCCCAGAGAAGGAGGGAGGUCUGCCCCGCCACGUCGGCAACAAGACCGAGUGCUCCCUAUUGGGCUUCGUGCUGGCGCUGAAGAGAGACUACCAGCCAAUCAGGGACGAGAUUCCUGAGGAGAAUCUGUACAAGGUGUACACCUUCAACUCGUCCCGUAAGAGCAUGAGCACGGUGUUGAAGAACACAGACGGUAGCGGCUUCCGCAUGUACAGCAAGGGAGCGUCUGAGAUCGUCCUACGCAAAUGUUCACAUAUCCUGAACAUGAACGGGGAGCCACGUAUCUUCAAGCCUAAGGACCGUGAUGAGAUGGUGAAGAACGUGAUUGAGCCCAUGGCCUGUGACGGUCUGAGGACAAUCUGUGUGGCCUACAGGGACUUCCCUGCCGAGGCAGGAGAACCAGACUGGGACAAUGAGGCCGACAUCCUCGACGAGCUCACCUGCAUCUGUGUGGUCGGCAUCGAGGACCCCGUCAGACCUGAGGUACCUAAUGCCAUCCUCAAGUGCCAGAGGGCCGGCAUCACCGUGCGCAUGGUUACCGGGGACAACAUCAACACUGCCCGUGCCAUAGCAACCAAGUGUGGCAUCCUGUUGCCGGGCGAGGACUUCCUGUGUCUGGAGGGCAAAGAGUUCAACCAGCUGAUCCGUAACGACCAGGGAGAGGUGGAGCAAGAGCGUCUGGACAAGGUGUGGCCCAAGCUGCGUGUGCUGGCUCGCUCCUCUCCCACUGACAAACACACUCUUGUCAAAGGUAUCAUGGACAGCACCGUCCUCGAGACACGACAGGUGGUGGCUGUGACGGGCGACGGAACUAACGAUGGCCCCGCCCUAAAGAAGGCUGAUGUCGGAUUCGCUAUGGGUAUUGCCGGUACUGAUGUGGCUAAGGAAGCAUCUGACAUCAUUCUGACUGACGAUAACUUCACCAGCAUCGUCAAGGCUGUGAUGUGGGGCCGCAACGUCUACGACAGCAUCUCCAAGUUCCUCCAGUUCCAGCUCACUGUCAACGUGGUGGCCGUCAUCGUUGCCUUCACUGGCGCCUGCAUCACACAGGACUCUCCUCUGAAAGCGGUGCAGAUGUUGUGGGUUAACCUGAUCAUGGACACCCUGGCAUCCCUGGCUCUGGCCACCGAGCCCCCCACUGAGUCCCUGUUGCUGAGGAAGCCGUACGGCCGCAACAAGCCCCUGAUCUCCCGCACCAUGAUGAAGAACAUCCUGGGUCACGCCGUCUACCAGCUCACCAUCAUCUUCACCCUGCUGUUCGCUGGAGAGAACUUCUUUAACAUUGACAGCGGGCGUAACGCGCCUCUUCACUCGCCACCGUCAGAGCACUACACCAUCGUGUUCAACGUGUUCGUCAUGAUGCAGCUGUUCAACGAGAUCAAUGCCAGGAAGAUCCACGGAGAGAGGAACGUCUUCGAGGCCAUCUACCGUAACCCCAUCUUCUGUAGCGUGGUCAUGGGAACCUUCAUCCUGCAGAUUGUCAUUGUCCAGUUUGGAGGAAAGCCCUUCUCCUGCACGGCUCUGAGCAUCGACCAGUGGCUCUGGUGUGUCUUCAUCGGAGUGGGAGAGCUGCUCUGGGGACAGCUGAUCACAGCUAUCCCCACACACCGCCUGAAGUUCCUAAAGGAGGCUGGCCACGGCACCCAUAAGGAGGAUGUCCCUGAAAACGAGAUGAACGAGGGGGAUGAUGAGAUCGACCAUGCUGAGAUGGAGCUCCGUAGGGGACAGGUCCUCUGGUUCAGGGGCCUCAACCGCAUCCAGACUCAGAUGGACGUGGUCUAUACAUUCCAGACGGGUCAGGCUCCGGUCCCGGGGGCAUUGAGACGCCAGCCCUCUGUGGUCAGCCAGCACAACGACGCCAAAACUGUCUCUAGCCCCACCCACAUUAAGGUGGUCAAUGCGUUCCGUAGCUCCCUUUACCCGGGGCUAGAGAACCCAGAAUCCAGAAACUCCAUCCAUAACUUCAUGGCCCACCCUGAGUUUGUCCCCCUGUCUGAGGAGGAGGCGCAGAUCCCUGAGAGAGAGGAGUCCAGCAGCGAUGAGGUGGUAAUGGAGAUCCAGCCCAUCCCCAGCUCCUCGACUGGGGGGGCAGAAGCUCCAGACGUCAGCCACGAGACCUCCUGCUGACCACCACCUCCUCUCUCUUCUCCUCCGCUCUGAUCUGUCCAUCCACCCCUGUCGGCCAGCUGGCUUCCCCCCUGCAGUUCCUCUCCUCCACCAGCGGUGCGCCCCUUAGAUCCUCAGACUCAUCCCACAGAGGGUGCACCCAGAGGGGGCAAGGGGUCCCGGUCCCAGCGCCUCCCCCUCUUCACCACCUGUUCCCUCCACUUCCUGAACCCUACACCCACCUCUCACCUGACCACCCCACCUUGCCAUUCCCAUCGGCUUGCACUGACUGUGUCGCGUGUGCCCUUUAAGUCUGUGCAGAAGAGUGACAUGCAGAGCAUCCAAUCACAUUGUGCCCCUAACUCAUGGGUGGGAGGGACCAUUUGGGGUCCACCAAUCUGCUCCGUCGAAGGCCGUUUUUUUUUAUUGUUUUUUUGUUUUCUUACCUCAGAGUAGCCCAGAACUGAAAUGCAACAUGUUUAUCCUUCUGUACUAGCUUAUUAUACUCUGCAUACACUAACUGGCACAGAACUUUAAGAAUACACCCAUGUGUACAUUAAUAUUGUAUUUACAUAUAGUGGGCUCCAAAAUUACUGGCACCCCUGACUGGCAAUGCACAAACAAUACUUAAAAAAUACAAACAAUAUAAUUAUAGAGAAACUCAAAAUACCAACGUGAGAAAUACUGUACUAUAUUAAUGUUCCAAUGGAACCCACCAAAAUAAUGUAUUAAUUUAAUUAAAAAUCAAUGUCCUCCAAAUCAAGGUUUCACAAUUAAUGGCACCCUUAAAGAUUAUUGUAAAUAACAUCUACCAAAAUUAAACCAGGAAUUAAAUUUCAAUUAUUUAAGUUUAUCUAAGUCUUAAGGAACUAUAUUGAGCCAUUUCACUAGGGUAUAAAAAUGAGGUAACAUGCAUGCAAUAUCCCUUUGUCAUCCAACAUCAUGAAGAAAACAAAAGAACUGGCA